GUGCAACUCUCCUUAUCUCACUUGAAAUCCCCUUUUUGUGGUUACAGAGAGAUUCCAUACGGUUAAUUUAGGUAUUUCAGUUUUAAGACAAAGCUUGAAAUGAGCAAUAUAAAGCUAGGCGUUGAAGUCAUAAGCGCACAUGGUCUAUUUCAGGGAGACAAGCAAAACUCAUGUAGCCCUUUCGUGGAGCUCAAGUUUGAUAACCAAAUAUUCCGCACAACCACCAAACCCAACGAUCCAAACCCCGUCUGGCACGAGAGUUUCUACUUCCUUGUCUCUGAUCCUUCCUUCCUCUCCACCCGUACACUCGAAGCCCAUGUCUUCAGCUACCAGGACGAAUUCGAUGCUAAGCCCUUUCUUGGCAAAGUUCGAGUCAAUGGAACAUCCUUUGUUCCUCGCUCUGAAGCAGCUCCUUUCAACUACCCUCUAGAGAAACGCAGCGUUUUCUCUCGAGCGCGUGGGGAGCUUGGUUUGAGAGUCUUCAUCACUGACGACCCUUCAGUCUCAGAAUCUCCUCGAGCUUAUAUCCCGAGCCCGGGUAGAGAACCUGUAAGCUCACUAAUCACAGAUGAUGCUGAUGAGAGAAGAGAGCUUAAGAAGCCUAUAACACGUACGUUUUAUAACGCAACCCCUUCAGUGAACCAACAACAGCCGGCAACGAUGAACUAUGGCAUGCACGAGAUGAGAGCUGCUGCGCCAAUGCCUCCAAGAGUAGUUCAAUACAACGGUCCAGCUCCACCAUCAGAUUUCUCAGUCAAAGAGACGAGCCCUUUCCUGGGAGGUGGACAGAUCAUCGGAGGACGAGUGGUUCGUGGUACAAAGAGACCAGCAAGCGGCACAUAUGAUCUCGUUGAAGAGAUGAGGUUUCUCUUCGUGCGAGUCGUGAAGGCGCGUGACCUCCCCGACAGAGACCUUACGGGAAGCUUAGACCCUUACGUUGAAGUAAAAAUAGGAAACUUCAAAGGAGUUACAAGACAUUUGGACAAGAACUCGAAUCCGGAGUGGAACCAGGUCUUUGCCUUUGCUAAAGAGAAUCUUCAGUCGAAUGUUCUUGAAAUAGUGGUGAAGGAUAAAGACCUUGUCCUUGACGAUUACGUUGGUACUGUUCGGUUUGAUCUCCAUGAGGUUCAGUCUCGUGUUCCCCCGGACAGUCCUUUAGCUCCCGAGUGGUACAGACUUGAGAACAAAAGACAAGAGAAGAAGAAGAGAUCUGAGAUAAUGCUUGCUGUCUGGGAAGGUACUCAAGCCGAUGAAGCUUUCGGGGAUGCGGUUUUCUCAGACUCAUUGACAUCUUCAGACAGUUCGGACAUUAUAUCGGCCAACCUCCGCUCGAAAGUGUACCAUUCUCCUCGGCUAUGGUACCUAAGGGUGAGGAUAAUAGAGGCUCAGGACGUGAUCAUCGUCUCCGACAAGUCUCGUAUUCCUGAGGCCUUUGUGAGGAUCCAGAUUGGUAAUCAGAUGUUGAAGACUAGAGUCUCUCAGAGAACGUUUCAUCCGACAUGGGACCAGGAGUUCAUGUUUGUAGUCGCGGAGCCGUUUGAAGAAAACCUGGUCCUCUCGGUGGAAGACCACUCUGAACCUAACAGAGAUGAGCCUGUAGGCAAAGCUGUGAUUCCUCUCGCUGCUAUUGAGAAACGUACGGAUGAUAAAAAGUUUCGUAGCCGCUGGUUUCAUCUCGAAGACUCGAUCUCAGACGCAAUGGAUGAAGACAAAGCCAAGAAGGUGAAGUUCGCUACUAGGAUCCAUGUGGCCGCGGCUCUUGAAGGAGGCUACCACGUUUUCGAUGAGUCCACUUACUACAGCAGCGAUCUCAGGCCAACGGCGAAACCGCUCUGGAAACCGCCGAUAGGAGUAUUGGAGCUUGGGAUACUUAACGCAAACGGGCUCCACCCGAUGAAAAGUAGGGACGGGAAAGGUGUAUCGGACACAUACGUUGUUGCUAAAUACGGUCACAAGUGGGUUCGGUCGAGAACUAUAAUCAACAGCUUGAGUCCAAAGUACAAUGAGCAGUACACAUGGGAGGUUUUCGACCCCGCAACGGUCUUAACCAUCUGCGUCUUCGACAACGGUCAUUUCGGAGGAGGAAACAACAGAGAUCAGACGAUUGGGAAAGUACGUAUCAGACUCUCCACUCUCCAGAGUGGUCGUGUGUACACAAACGCUUACCCAUUACUUGUUUUACAACCAUCUGGUCUCAAGAAAAGAGGCGAGCUUCACUUAGCCGUGAGGUUCACAUGCACAUCAGUCUCCAACAUGCUGAUGAAAUACACAAAACCACUCUUGCCUAAGAUGCAUUACACACAGCCUUUAUCCGUAAACCUACAGGAAGUGCUUAGGGUGCAGGCUCUCAACAUAAUGGUGACUCGACUAGGCCGGUCAGAGCCGCCUCUUAGACGUGAAGUUGUUGAGUAUAUGACGGAUGCUAAGACCCAUCUGUUCAGCAUGAGGCGAAGCAAAGCCAACUUCUACAGGUUCACCGCGGUGUUUUCUGGAGUGAUGUCGGUGUGGAAAUGGAUGGGGGAAGUGUGCAGCUGGAGGACGCCGGUGACGACGGCGCUGGUGCACGUGCUGUACACGAUGCUUGUGAGGUUCCCGGAGAUGAUUUUGCCGACUGUGUUUCUUUACAUGGCUGUGAUUGGGCUGUGGAACUACAGGUUUAGGCCAAGGUUUCCUCCUCAUAUGGACACCAAACUGUCUUAUGCAGAGAGUGUGAAUGCUGAUGAACUCGACGAAGAGUUUGACAUCUUCCCGACCAUGAAGGCUCCGGAUAUUGUUAAAAUGAGGUACGACCGGCUGAGAAUUGUAGCGGGGAAGAUACAGUCCGUGGUGGGAGACAUAGCAGCACAGGGAGAGCGCUUGCAGGCUCUGUUGAGCUGGCGUGAUCCACGCGCCACCGCAAUAUUUGUAACGUUCUGUUUGAUCAUAGCCAUGGUUCUGUACAUAACACCUUUUAAAUUGUUUGCUCUCCUAUCUGGUUACUACUUCAUGAGACACCCUAGGCUCCGACACCGUAUUCCCUCCGCUCCACUCAACUUUUUCCGACGACUUCCGGCCAUGACGGACUCUAUGCUCUGAAUCAUGCUUGUAUAUAAAUAUAUCGUCUUCAUUGCAUUUGAAUUUGAAUUUAUAUCUAUCUAUA